CUGCCUGCUGCCCCGCUCGGUCGGUCUGGUAAAAGGCGCAUGUGUGUGUUAGUGCUGUGAUGUGAGUUGAGCCACAUCCAGACGCACUGGCCGCCGCUGGCUGAUGCUGCCCUCUCCUCCACCUCCCCCCCCUCUCUCUCUCCUCUCCUCUCUCCUCUCAUCUCCUCUUGGUGGUGUUGUGCGCAAAAAUCUCCAGCGCCGGACGGACGGACGCAGUUUGACGGCACAAACGCGCGGCUCUGCGGAGGGGGAAAUAUCCAAGAAAAAAGAAGGACAUCCACAUCAGACCAUGGAUAUUUAAGGGACAUUUGAAUUAUUUUUCCUAUCUAUUUGGUUUUUUUUUCUUCUCCCCCCGUGAUGUUGCUUUUGCCCCGGGGUUGUUAAUUAAAACCUGCUCGAUGUCUCUCAUCAGUUUAUAACCGAGACCAAAAUGAGGAUUUCUUCUCGCGACUGGUUUCUGUUGAUGUUCUCGGGCUUUUGGGGACUGACAAUGGGUGCUUUCCCGAGCAGCGUUCAGAUCGGUGGUCUGUUCAUCAGAAACACUGAUCAGGAGUACACUGCCUUUCGGUUGGCGAUCUUCCUGCACAACACCAGCCCGAACGCCUCGGAAGCCCCGUUCAACCUGGUGCCUCACGUGGACAACAUCGAGACGGCCAACAGCUUCGCCGUCACCAACGCCUUUUGCUCCCAGUACUCCCGUGGUGUCUUCGCCAUCUUCGGCCUGUACGACAAGCGCUCCGUCCACACGUUGACGUCCUUCUGCAGCGCCCUGCACAUCUCCCUCAUCACCCCCAGCUUCCCCACCGAGGGCGAGAGCCAGUUCACCCUGCAGCUCCGACCGUCCAUCCGGGGCGCCCUCCUGUCUCUGCUCGACCACUACGACUGGAACAAGUUUGUCUUCCUGUACGACACCGACCGAGGAUAUGCCAUCCUGCAGUCCAUCAUGGAGAAGGCGGGACAAAACAACUGGCAGAUCAGCGCCAUCUGCGUGGAGAACUUCAACGACGCCAGCUACAGACGGCUGCUGGAGGAUCUGGACCGGAGACAGGAGAAGAAGUUUGUAAUCGACCUCGAGGCGGAGAGGCUGCAGAACAUGCUGGAACAGAUCGUCAGCGUGGGGAAACAUGUCAAAGGCUACCAUUACAUCAUGGCCAACCUGGGUUUUAAGGACAUCAACCUGGAGCGCUUCAUGCACGGUGGAGCCAACGUCACGGGCUUCCAGCUGGUCGACUUCAGCAACCCCAUGGUCAUCAAGCUGAUGCAGCGCUGGAACAAGCUGGAUCAGAGGGAGUACCCGGGCUCCGACGCCCCACCAAAGUACACCUCGGCAUUGACGUAUGACGGGGUGAUGGUGAUGGCUGAGGCCUUCAGGAACCUGCGGCGGCAGAAGGUGGACAUUUCCAGACGGGGGAACGCAGGCGACUGUCUCGCCAACCCCGCAGCCCCGUGGAACCAGGGCAUCGACAUGGAGCGCACUCUCAAACAGGUCCGGCUGCAGGGAUUAACAGGUAAUGUCCAGUUUGACCACUAUGGCCGAAGGGUCAACUACACAAUGGACGUGUUUGAGCUGAAGAAUAAUGGACCCAGACGGAUCGGAUACUGGAACGACGCAGACAAACUGGUGCUGAUCCAGGACUCUCCGCUGCUUCCGAACGACACGUCCGGCAUCGAGAACCGCACCGUCGUGGUCACCACCAUCAUGGAGGGUCCCUAUGUGAUGCUUAAGAAGAACUGGGAGAUGUACGAGGGAAACGACCAGUACGAGGGAUACUGCGUGGACCUGGCCUCCGAGAUCGCAAAACACAUCGGCAUCAAGUACAAAAUCUCCAUCGUCCCGGAUGGAAAAUACGGCGCCAGGGACUCGGAGACGAAGAUCUGGAACGGGAUGGUCGGGGAGCUGGUGUACGGGAAAGCGGAAAUCGCUGUGGCCCCUUUGACUAUCACGUUGGUCCGGGAGGAAGUGAUCGACUUCUCGAAGCCCUUCAUGUCGCUGGGCAUUUCCAUCAUGAUCAAGAAGCCCCAGAAAUCCAAACCGGGGGUGUUCUCCUUCCUGGACCCGUUGGCCUACGAGAUCUGGAUGUGCAUCGUGUUCGCCUAUAUCGGCGUGAGCGUGGUGCUCUUCCUGGUCAGCCGCUUCAGCCCGUACGAGUGGCACACCGAGGAGCCUGAGGAAGGCACCGACGGUGUGCCAAGUGACCAGCCCCCCAAUGAAUUUGGUAUCUUCAACUCCCUCUGGUUCUCCCUGGGCGCCUUCAUGCAGCAGGGCUGUGACAUCUCCCCUCGAUCGCUAUCGGGUCGCAUCGUGGGAGGAGUGUGGUGGUUCUUCACCCUCAUCAUCAUCUCGUCCUACACGGCUAACCUCGCCGCCUUCCUAACCGUCGAGAGGAUGGUCUCCCCCAUCGAGAGCGCCGAGGAUCUGGCCAAGCAGACGGACAUCGCCUACGGCACUCUGGACUCCGGGUCCACCAAGGAGUUCUUCAAGCGGUCUAAAAUCGCCGUCUACGAGAAGAUGUGGGGCUACAUGAAGUCUGCCGAGCCCACGGUUUUCACCAAGACCACGGCCGAGGGCGUGGCGCGGGUCCGAAAGUCCAAAGGGAAAUACGCCUUCUUGUUGGAGUCCACCAUGAACGAGUACACAGAGCAGCGGAAACCCUGCGACACGAUGAAAGUGGGCGGCAACCUGGACUCCAAAGGCUACGGAGUCGCUACACCCAAGGGUUCACAGUUAAGAAGUGCAGUUAACCUGGCAGUGUUAAAACUCAAUGAACAAGGCCUGUUGGACAAAUUGAAAAACAAGUGGUGGUACGACAAAGGAGAGUGUGGCAGCGGAGGCGGUGGCGAGAAGGACAAGUCGUCCCAGGCCCUCAGUCUGAGCAACGUGGCGGGGGUCUUCUACAUCCUCGUCGGGGGCCUGGGCCUGGCCAUGCUGGUGGCCCUCAUCGAAUUCUGCUACAAGUCCCGCAACGAGGCCAAGAGAAUGAAGUUAACAUUUACAGAAGCCAUGAGGAACAAGGCCCGUCUGUCCAUCACAGGCAGCGUCGGGGAGAACGGACGGGUGCUGACGCCCGACUGUCCCAAGGCCGUUCACACCGGACCCCCACUCCGACAGAGCUCCGGCCUCGCCCUGGUCUCCUCUGAGCUACCGUGAAAACCAAAAACCUCUCAAGUGCCUUAUUCCAAUAACGAGAACAAACAAUAACCACUCCGCCCAUGAAACUACCAGAAACUAACCACAAAGAAAACAGGAUUCGCACACAACAGGUCACCUGCAGUGGGUGCGAUGGGACAGAAAGAGGCGCAUUAAAAACAACCCCCCACUGACUUGUUGUGGCUCGAUGAUUUCUCUCUGAAAUCUGUGGAAACCAGAGGCAGAACAAUCGAGAUUUUUUGUAAUUUUGUGGCCACAGGGAAGCAUAAGUUUGAAUCAAAGGGUCAUAGGGAACCACUGGAGAUAUUCAACCUUCUAAUCCGGUGACGGAAGAGGACCAGAGUGGGGAAAAUCAUGAGAAAUAUCAUGAUUUAUGAUAACAUCCAAGACCAGAAAACUGUAAACUGAAAACUGAAAACUGCGUUUUUUGGGGGAUUGCUGUGAUUUGGCAAAAAAAAAAAAAAAAAAAAAAACUGAACCACAAUCAAGAUUGUUUUCAAACUGAACAGUAUUUGCUACACAGACAUGCGCUGUGUUCAAGGACAACAAUCUCGCGAGAUAUCAACACUGGGAGGAGUUGAAGCCUGGUGCCAUGAAGAUACGACAGAAAAUAUUUGUAUUCAUAAUAACGAAAAAGGAAAUCUAUUGAUAUUGAAUAUAUGAGCAAACAUAGAAAACUGUGAAAAUAAGUAAAUAUGUAUAUUCCGUAAAAAAACAAAGUGAGAAAUUUAGCUGUACAUAGGGACGACUGUGUAACAUGCUUGCUUUUUAAACAGAUGUAAAUAGCAGAUAUUGUAGUGGACAGACCGACGGUUCUUUUAUAAAUCAUCUUUAAAGAUUUUAUUCAUCGCAAUAAUGAAAAAGACGAUGCCACUUGAAGAAGGAGACGUGUGGACGGCAGUGUUAAAAUUUGUAACGUGUUGAAUACUUAACUGUAUUAUAUAGGAACAUUCAAACUCUUAAUGUGAAGGGGUAUCGACUGCCCAAAUAUUCUGAUACCUGUUACAUACACAAAAUCAUUAAUAUAUUCAAUGAUGAAUGUUAAGUAGCUCCACCCCCAAUCCUUAAGCCACACCCCCUCACUGUGCAGAUGUAGACCCAGACAGUCGCUCAUGAGUAGAGCUUUAUAAAUCAAGUUUCUGCAGUCAGAAUAUAAUAUUUUUUUCAUUCUUUGAUCUAUUUUUUGUACUGAAAAUUUAAAAAAAUAAACUGUCCGUCUCCUGGUUUUAAUGUCGACAGUCGAGUGUUAUCUGGGUAGAUCUUUUAGACCAUUUUGUGUGUGGAGACAUGAGUCCAAAACGAAAUUGAAAAAUGCCAUUUCUCUCUCUCUCACUAUAUGUUAUUUAACGUGUCCAUGUUUUCGAAAACCUGAGCUGAUGAAGCCCUCUGUUUGUAUGUUGAAUAAUUUGAUUCGAAACACUGUGGAUCCUCCGGGGAGGCUGGACACGCUGUAGCAGAAAAUGUAUUUGCUUCGGUCUUGCCGACCAAAGUGUCCUCGUCUCUUUUUAAAAAAACUGAAGGACAAUCUGCAAUAGCAUACGAGACGCCACAUCUUCAGCAAACACCAGCCAACGGUGAGGUUGGUUCUAAAUGUGUUUGUUUGUUUGUUUGUUCCCGGUUCUCAACAGGUUUGUUCUCAACAGGGAAAUAUUUCAGGUCAUGCCUUUUUUGUCCCGUCAUCUGUCUCUAGAGCUGAAGUGUAAUAUGGCGUCUUAUUUUUUUCGUUCAAUUGUACAUCUUUAUUUUGAUCUUUUUUAAGUAAAAACAAAUUUCAAAUUGCA